CGCCGCCGAGGCUCACCAAGGUUCCAUUGUUGUGGCAAAGGUGAAGUGGUGACCGCGCCUGGCGUUGCCUUGAGAACGCCUGGACUCACAGUGGCAAAAUGGGCCUCUCCCCGACGCCCCUCUUCCUCCUCACCACAAAGCAAAGGGCACCCCUUCCUGUUGGAUGUGGGGGCAACAGGUGUCGGAUGUCCCAUCCAGAACUUUGCGGGGUCCGCUGAACCACCCGUGGCGGAACCGGCCCCAAGUUCGUCAGAUUCCGCCGAUGUCUUCAGAGAAAGACUAGGAGCUGGAAGGAGGAAAAAUAAUAUUAACCUGGUCCUGGGACAGCCUUUCCUGUGAUCCAGCUGACUUGGGACAGCCCCAAACUUCUUCAGACUAAAAGAACAUGGAUGUCAUCAAUGUCACUGCCUUGCCCAUGUUGCCAAUGGAUGAGCACCUGACCGUCUCCCUCGUGACCCGGAACGCGGUGGAGAAUGCCCUGAGGAAGAGUCUGGAGGACAACCCACCCACCUGCACUAUUGGCUCCAUACAGCGCGUGAACCAAAAGAUUGCCGAGCUCAGUCUGAGUCCCAAACCAUUGGCCAACAGCCUGGCAAUUGAGAGAUAUGAGUUGGAGAAGAAGGAUUUGAGAGAGAAAAGUCAAGACAGCCUGGGAAACAGAGACAAGAGUCGAAGCAAAUCAGAGUUCAUCUGCAGAGGCUCCAAAUCCAGGAGCGUCAGACCUUUCAUUUCUAAAAGGAAAAUAGCCCACAAAAAUCUCUUGGCAGAACUGUACCAGUACACAUCGUUUAACAGCGCCAUACCAAACAGGCUUCCAAACGGGGUGAACUUCUGUGACAUGGUGGGCAACGUGGUCCGCUCUGAGAGACACCCCCUCAGUGGCAAGUCUUUCUGUUCGGAUAAAGAAUUAGAGAAGUUUCUCUCUUCUCCUUCUCUAAGAGCCAUAUGGCUGGAUAGCUUCUGGUGGAUCUUUCAUGAGAGGUACCAGCCCAACAAGGAGUUCCAGAAUAAAAUGUUUGACCGGAUAGCCCAAAACUACGCCUUUCUCUUAUUGUGUGAAUCCAAGUCCCACUAUGAAGAGGCGCUCUUAAAAAAGCUGCCAUCACUGCUGAGUAAAGCCGUGUAUACCAGCUUCUGUUGCUGCUUCCCUCAAUCCUGGUUCAACACGCACGAAUUCAAAUCGAGCAUCUGUAACACAGUGAGCCUGUGGAUUUCAGGCAUCUACCCUUGCCUACAGAGCUACAACAGCUGGAACUACUCAGAACUGGAUCCAGAGAGAUUCCGGAGAGAAAAAUUAAUUUUGCAGAGAAGAUUGUUAAAGAAAAGAGAGUUCUCUUUGUUCACUUCUAAGAGAUAUGUCUCCCAGACAUCUAUCCAGUACAAGAAAGUUCCCUACCCUAAGUCUCCUGGUGUAAGUUCAACCACUGAGAAAGACUCUUCGGCCAAGAAGAAUUCAGCAGAUACACCCCAAACCCACAAUGCCACAAAAGAGCAUCCUGGUCAGACUCUGGUCUUGAGGAAAGCUGCAAAACUAGUCAAGAGGAUAUCAGAAGCAAGAGAACCUGAGAACAUGCUUCCCAAGCAGUCUCACCCAGCGUGCAAAAGCCCUGAGCUGACUUCAAAUUUCUUCAACAUUUACGGGAAGAGCCCUCUGAUUGUGUACUUCCUCCACAACUACGCCCAUCUGCCCCAGGGUGGUGAAGACGUGUUGAUAGUCAGGAGGGAAAGAACCAGGAGCAUCCCAUAUCCUUUCUGCCACAGGAAGGGCACAUGUUCCUCCAGGCCCUGCUGCUUCCACCUCUGAGAAGCAAGGGUGUAGAAAGGGACCCGGCCCUUAGCUCAGUGCCUGGUACCCAUCAAGGGUAGUCAUUGAUAGGAGCCGAAGGCUCAGAAUGUUGAGCAUUUUAGUUCCAAGCCAGCUUUGUAAACUGGCUGCAUGGGAUCCUAGGCAAAUCAGAUUUCCCUGGGUGCAAAAUCUCUUCCUGCUAACUAGGUAUUCGAACAUAUUUGCUGUUCAGUAAUGACUCCCCUGUGCUCAUUGACCCCAGAAUCUGUAUUGAUCGGGAUUUGGGGUCCAGAUGUGUGUUUCUUGUAACAUCCUCUUCAUACACACACACACACACACACACACACACACGCACGCACACACGCACGCACACACCCUCCUCCAGACCCAUCAGCAAAUCUCUGGCACAAUUGGUAUUGGUUACCAACUUAACCAACCAACUUAAAGAUUCAGUAACCCAACUCAGAUCUUAAGAAAACAGAUGUGACUAGUUGGUGUCCUGAGACCUAGCAUUUUCCUAUAGGGGGUCAGACAUGGGAUCAAGUCAGCCCAGACUCAAGCACCAAGUCAGCGGCUGACCUCACUGCUCUGUAGUGUAGUACAGUAGGAGGAGCCUGGGUUGGGAAUACACAGCCCCAGAUUUGAGUCCAGCUCAGCAACGUACUGGCCUUAAGAUCUUAGGUGCACUGCUUGACCUCUGAGCUCAAUAGCUUUAUCAAGUUCUUUGUAAAAUAAGAAUAAUUAGGGGCAC